AUGGAUUUUGCCAUAGUGCUGCUUCUCUUGAUCCUUGCACCAAGGAUGUCAUCAUGCACCGGCUGCCCCUCCUCCACCUUUGAUCAUGUUGUCAACUCGGAUGGAGCACUUGAGUUCCCGUUGUUUCACAAGGACCAUCCAUGCGUCCAGCAACACUACCUCGGCCACCGGAGGUCAGCUGGAAACAUCGUUCAGAAGGACGUUCCGCUGCCGAUUGACCUGAUACGGAAUUACAGUAUAAACAACUUCCUCUUUCUGAUGCCCAUCAAGCUGGGCACGCCACCGGUCUGGAAUCUCGUGGCAGUUGAUACUGGAGCCUCACUUUCAUUUGUUCAGUGCCAACCAUGCACUCUCCGGUGCCACAAGCAAUCAGAUGCUGGGGAAAUAUUCGACCCCAGCAAGUCAUCGAGUUUGACGCGUGUUAGGUGCUCGGAAAAAUUCUGCGACCUGAUCCACCGGGCGCUACGUCUUCAAACCAAAGCAUGCUUGGAAGAAGAGAACAAUUGCCUUUACACCAUGACGUUCGGAGGAUCAUCUACAUAUUCCACCGGCAAGCUGGUGAGAGACAGGCUCGCAAUCGGCCAGUAUGCCAAGGGAUACAGCUUCCCUAGUUUCCUCUUCGGCUGCAGCUUGGACACAGAGUACAACCAGUAUGAAGCUGGCAUAUUGGGAUUCGCUGACGAGCCAUUCUCCUUCUUUGAACAAGUAGCACCACUGGUCGGCUACAAGGCCUUUAGCUACUGCUUUCCAAGUGACAAAAGGAAGGCAGGCUACUUGUCCAUCGGGAAUUAUAGUCGUGUCAGCUCCGCUUCCUAUACUCCCUUGUUCCUGGCUUUUCGACGAUCAACGUAUGCACUGAAGCUGGAUGAGGUGGUUGUCAAUGGCGUCGCGUUGGUCACAACCCCCGCAGAAAUGAUUGUAGACACUGGGGCUAAAUGGACACUUCUGCUGGCACAUACCUUCGACCAACUUGACACGGUGAUCACCGAGGCAAUGAAACCUCUGAAGUAUAAUCGUAAUAAUCUCAAGGGAUCAGAAUAUAUGUGCUUUGAGAACGACCUCUUUCAACCGUUUAACAAUUGGACCGCUUUGCCAGCCGUGGAGCUCAAGUUCGACAUGGGUGUUACACUCACACUACCACCCCGGGGCUCAUUCCUUAUUGAUAAGGACUUUGGAGUAUGCAGCUACUUCAUGAGGGAUUCUGGUCUAACAAGCGGUGUUCAGAUACUAGGGAACUCGAUGACACGGUCGGUCGGCGUCACGUUUGACAUCCAGGGUGGUCGAUUUGCAUUUCGAAAUGGAGACUGCUGA